AUGGAUAUGGGAAACCACAAUGUCGCCAAGCGCGAUGAGGAAGAGGAGGAGAUUCGAGAUGUACGCCGGCAAAUGCAAGAUGCCGAAGCAGCCAACGCUCAAGCAGUCGCCGCUGGUGCUGCAAAGCAAGCAAGCGCGCCCAACGCCAACGCGCUUCCUCUCGAUCCGAAUCAGCUUCUCUCAGUCCUAGGCCUCCUCAGCGGCCAACCUCAGGCUACGCCGGGAGCACCUGGACAGCCCGUGGCCACGGGGCUGCCUCCGAACAACAAUGCCAACGUACCAACGGUCACCAUCUUCGUGACGGUGACGCCCCCGGCUGCGACACAGACCGUGAUGAUCAUGGUACCGACAACAGUCACGGUGACUGCGACACCGGUAGCGCCGCCUCCAGUGAAUCAGCCUCCUCCUCCGCCACCGGCUCCGCCAGUUCAGACAUCACCACCGCCGCCAGCACCGCCGAUGAGCACUCCGCCGCCUCCUCCUCCGCCGGUUAUCGCGCCCCCACCGCCUCCACCACCACCACCUCCAGCCAGCGGGCUGACUAUGCCUCUUGUCGGAGCCAGCCCAUUCCCGAUGCCACCUCCUGCGGCAUCUGUGUCUGCCCCCAUGUCCUCAGCAUCAUCAACGGGAACUCCCAAGGGAGCCGGCGGUACUCCCACAGCUGUAGUAUUAUUGGGUGUCUUUGGCGGUGUUGGCAGCGUAGCUGGUGUGUCACUCCUGGCAAUGGGAGCAUUUGUGUACGGUUUGAUGAGAAGAAGGAAGAACAAGUCUGAAGCAGAGGUAAGCAUGUAA